CGUYAGUCUUGCUUGUUACUUGUAGUUCUCACUAGUUUCGCCAUGCAGCGAAUUCUUUUAUGCAUAUUAUUGAUCGCAGCAUGUUUAACUGUUGCUCAAGCUAAGCCGAAGGACGACAACUCUCGAGUUCAUGAUGGGAAACUAUCAAAAGAGGAACAUUUUUCGGCUACCGGCGAACACAACCCUGAGUAUGAUCACGAUGCYUUCCUUGGCUCAGAGAAGAAAGACUUUGAUCACCUAACACCUGAGGAAUCGAAGAAAAGACUAGAAAAACUUGUUGGCCGCAUUGACAAAAACAAAGAUGGUAAGCUGGAAAAGGAAGAGUUGAAGGAGUGGAUUCGAUUCGCCGGCAAGCGUUGGAUGUACGACGACCGCGAUCGCCUUUGGAAGCACUUCAAGAAGCUUGAAACUCAUUUUUUGAGAACCAAGYGAGAUAAUCCCGACAGAAAAGCCGUGGCCAAUCCUGAUUCACCAAUUGCUUGGGAGCUAUGGAAACAAGAUUCAUUCGGAGAUCAAGUAUCAGACGAGGAAGAGCCAAAAUUUCGUCGCGAUCGUAAACGAUGGGAUUUAGCAGACGUAAAUAAAGAUGACAAGAUUUCMAAAGAAGAAUUUACCGCGUUCCUUCACCCACAUCAGUUUGAUCACAUGAAAGACUUGGUUGUUGCUGAGAAUCUYCUUGAUAUUGAUACCAAUAAAGAUGGCUAUGUAUCACCAAGUGAAUUUAUAGCUGAUUCGUUAGUGAGAAGGAAGCUCCAAACCAAUGCAGAAAAAGAGGAAUCGAUCAAACUUGAUCGAGAAAGCUUUCACCAAACCUACGAUCAAGAUAAAGACGGAAGACUUAACAUGAAAGAACUAAAGGAUUACUUAUUUCCAAGCUACGACGAUGCUGGUGCAGAGGCCGAUCAUUUGAUCUACCAUGCCGACAAUAACAAAGAUGGCUCUCUGUCCAAAGAUGAGAUACUUGAGAACCAAAGCAUAUUUGUAGGAAGUGCUGCUACCGAAUACGGCAAAGCUUUCAAGCGACACGACGAGUUCUGAUUGGGAWCCCUGUGUUAUUGUUGUACGAGUUACCUGUAUAAGAGUUCUUUUACGAGUUGMUUUUGUUGACUCGAUAAACCGGAAUCUGACAGAWUGUAGUAAACAAGACGUUUAUAUUUGUUAUGUUAAGUUUUAUGUUUGCUAUUUUUUCAAGUUCCAGGAAAGACUAUAUUUAAUAAAAAAUGUUGUAAACAAUC